AUGAGGGUGCUCUGUGCCUUUCCUGAAGCCAUGCCCUCCAGCAACUCCCGCCCCCCCGCGUGCCUAGCCCCGGUGGCUCUCAUCUUGGCUCUGUUGCUCCAUCUCUCCCUUUCCUCCCAAGCUGGAGACAGGAGACCCUUGCCUGUAGACAGAGCUCCAGGUUUGAAGGAAAAGACCCUGAUUCUACUUGAUGUGAGCACCAAGAACCCAGUCAGGACAGUCAAUGAGAACUUCCUCUCUCUGCAGCUGGAUCCGUCCAUCAUUCAUGAUGGCUGGCUGGAUUUCUUAAGCUCCAAGCGUCUGGUGACCCUGGCCCGGGGACUUUCACCUGCCUUUCUGCGCUUCGGGGGCAAAAGGACCGACUUCCUGCAGUUCCAGAAUCUGAGGAACCCGGCAAAAAGCCGUGGGGGCCCCGGCCCGGAUUACUAUCUCAAAAACUAUGAGGAUGACAUUGUUCGAAGUGAUGUUGCCUUGGAUAAACAGAAAGGCUGCAAGAUUGCCCAGCACCCUGAUGUUAUGCUGGAGCUCCAACGGGAGAAGGCAGCUCAGAUGCAUCUGGUUCUUCUAAAGGAGCAAUUCUCCAAUACUUACAGUAAUCUCGUAUUAACAGCCAGGUCUCUAGACAAACUUUAUAACUUUGCUGAUUGCUCUGGACUCCACCUGAUAUUUGCUCUAAAUGCACUGCGUCGUAAUCCCAAUAACUCCUGGAACAGUUCUAGUGCCCUGAGUCUGUUGAAGUACAGCGCCAGUAAAAAGUACAACAUUUCUUGGGAACUGGGUAAUGAGCCAAAUAACUAUCGGACCAUGCGUGGCCGGGCAGUAAAUGGCAGCCAGUUGGGAAAGGAUUACAUCCAGCUGAAGAGCCUGUUACAACCCAUCCGGAUUUACUCCAGAGCCAGCUUGUAUGGCCCUAAUAUUGGGCGGCCCAGGAAGAACGUCAUCACCCUCCUAGAUGGAUUCAUGAAGGUGGCAGGAAACACAGUGGAUGCAGUUACCUGGCAACAUUGCUACAUUGAUGGCCGGGUGGUCAAGGUGAUGGACUUCCUGAAAACUCGCCUAUUAGACACACUCUCUGACCAGAUUAGGAAAAUUCAGAAAGUGGUUAACACAUACACCCCAGGAAAGAAGAUUUGGCUUGAAGGUGUGGUGACCACCUCAGUUGGAGGCACAAACAAUCUGUCAGAUUCCUAUGCUGCAGGAUUCUUAUGGUUGAACACUUUAGGAAUGCUGGCCAAUCGGGGCAUUGAUGUUGUGAUUCGGCACUCAUUUUUUGACCAUGGAUACAAUCACCUCGUGGACCAGAAUUUUAACCCAUUACCAGACUACUGGCUCUCUCUCCUUUACAAGCGCCUGAUUGGCCCCAAAGUCUUGGCUGUGCAUGUGGCUGGGCUCCAGCGGAAGCCACGGCCAGGCCGAGUGAUCCGGGACAAACUAAGGAUUUAUGCUCACUGCACAAACCACCACAACCACAACUAUGUUCGAGGGUCCAUUACACUUUUUAUCAUCAACUUGCACCGAUCAAGAAAGAAAAUUAAACUGGCCGGGACUCUCAGGGACAAGCUUGUGCACCAGUACCUACUGCAGCCCUAUGGACAGGAGGGCCUGAAGUCCAAGUCAGUGCAGCUGAACGGCCAGCCCUUAGUGAUGGUGGACGAUGGGACCCUCCCAGAACUGAAGCCCCGCCCCCUGCGGGCCGGCCGGACAUUGGUCAUCCCUCCAGUCACCAUGGGCUUUUAUGUGGUCAAGAAUGUCAACGCUUUGGCCUGCCGCUACCGAUAAACCCCCUCACACCCACAAGUCGCCAGCAGGCCUGCUGGACUGCUUUCCACUCUUCUGCCCUAAUGGUAUCAGUAUUUUUCAGGCAUCUUCUGAGCAACAAACCAGUCUCUGCCGCCCCAUCCUGCUGGAAUCAACACUAACUUGCUCUCCAAAGAGACAAAUACCCUAGCAUGAGCUUAGCCUAGGUAGGUCACUUCUACCCCAAAGGAAAAUGUAGACCUCUUAAGCACGAAGGUAUGUGUGUAGAGCUGUACGCACCCUUGUACAUGCACCAUGAGAACAAGCUGACAGUGCACUUCCAGGACAAAUGAAAUAACUCCCCACAAUCCUGGUCACAUAGCAAAAUAACUACAGACCUUAGCCUGUGGCUGCUGCCCUCGGCAGAAGAUGAGGAAGGAAAAAAACCCGGUGGACAUUUGAGAGCCCAGUCCCCCCUAACUCCUUUCCUUUGUUUGUUCCCUGCUGUUGCCCUGGGUUUCAUAUCACCUCUCCUCCCAUAGGGGAGCAAGUGGGUGAGUCAGUGCUGGCCUGCUGGGCGAGCUGUUAAUGUAAUUUCCUGGCGCAUGUAUGAGUGUGUGCAUCUGGGUUUCUGACAGUGGCAUCAAUCACUAGCUAUUCCUCUGGGAAGCGGGUGCUUCAAAAGUAAAAUUGCAAUCAUACUCCAGAUUUUGUAAGAAGGUUCUAUUCCUCUGUGAAUCCAGAUUCCCCCAGGGCUAGAAUGGAAGUCAGGUAACAGUAUUCACUGAGUGGACAGCAAUGUAUCAGGCAGCACAAAAAGCAGUCAUCAUCUGUCACGUGGCUGCGAGGGAGAGAGUUUCAGUACAAAGAGAAAGCGCACCCAACCACCAAACACAGACACACACACAAACACACACACACGUGUCCCUCGGCUGAACAAAGCAAAUAAUUAGACCUACCUCAAUUUUGAGAGAAUAUUAAGGGCUUGAUAGGGUAAGUCCUUAAUGGUUUGGUUGACCAAAACCAUUUUAAACCAAGGGAUAAAUCAAAGGUCAUCACAACUGUAAGACACAACUGAAUCUAACCUUUCUGCUUCUUCCCAAGUAUCUGAGUGCUCUCAAUGUCUUGUACUAGGCAGAAAUCUAAUGUGCUCAUGAAAGAUGACCAGGUCCAUGCUCUCCCAGACCAGCUUAUCUGAGCAUAGAACUAAGCUUUCAGUUCACCACGUUGGGGAAGGGCGAUCUGGAGACUGAGGUCUGAUGGGGAAACUGUGGAAUGGGAGGUGGGAGGCCCCCGAGUUGGGCAGGGGGGAGUGGAGUGGUGUAAAGUUCACGAUGGGGACCUUCUGUAUGAUUCAAGAGGUUUGUGUGGGUCUUUGCAAAAAAGCUGCAACUGAAAUGACUUUCUUUUCUGUGGAUAUGAUUUUCUUUUGCAGGAUGAAUGACACAAAGGAUGUUUUUUUUUAAGGAGGAGAUAUUAGACAAUGUCACAGGGUUCCAGUAGAGAGAGAUACAACUUCUGCUGAUGUGAAAGGAUAGAAAUGGAAGAGAGGGGCAAGGUGGCUGAGGCCAGAGGCCAGGGAGACUGCCUAAGGAGGAGUUAGGAGCAGGGCCAGGUCUGCAGAGUGAGUGAUAAGGAAGACUAGAUGGGAGCAGGAAGGGACUCAGCAUGGAGAACUGGGAAUCUGGGAGAGGGAAACCAGCAGGCUCAGUUUACGCGACGGGAAGAGAGUGGAGUCAGUUUUGACCUAAGCUUAUUAUCGGGUAGAGGAGGAACAGCACCAGGAGGUGUGAAGUGGGAAAGGGGGAGACUGAGGACUGGCUGGCCUCGGUCAGUGGAGGCUCAGCCUGGAAGCAGCUGCAGAGAGAGGACCAGACCCUGGCACAUCCCCGCAAGGCUGCCCAGAGGGGCCCCUCGUCUCACCGGAAGCAGGCCUCUCCCAUGACGCUUCAGAUCUGGGAGGGAGGGAAGUGCCAAGACUGGGGGUAGAAAGGCAGGGAAGAAGCAGCAGAGGAAAGUGAAGAAGAGAAGGGAAAAGAGAUAGUACAGAUAGCAGAUAGCAAAGUCUCGUCUACAUACUGGUACAGCUGCAGGCCCCUCAUAAUAACGGGGGUAACCAGAGGUCCCUGCAGGCUGGCCCUGGGCUAGUUUGCUUUACAUACAUAGCCUCAGCUCGGCGAGUUACUAUUCUUAGCUCCAUUUUUCCUAUGAGGCCUGGAGAGGGUCUGUAACUUGCUCAGGGUCAUCCAGGGGAAUGGGUUGCUGAGAUCAGAAUAGUCUGGAGCCUGUUCAUUUAACCGCCCAGCUCAGCGGCUGCCCAAUUCACAGACUCACCUCUUUACCUCUUCAUAGGUUCUGCUAAUUCAGUACAGCCAGGACCUCCGGAGCUCCAUUCAGACACACUUUCUCUAAAUAAGUGUUGACUCUUCACUAAGCCUCUAGACUUGCAGAAUAUAGGCAGUCCCUGCUUCUUUUGUCUUUAUAUCUUAAAUACUGCUCCUAAGAGGUUUAAGUUUUGGGUUUGGGUUUUUUUUCUUUUUUAAUUAAUAAAAAGGGAAGGGAAUCAAUGAAAUUUA